UGCGGGAGCCAUCCCCGGGGCGGGAAGGGACCUGCGUGGCCCCGGGCUCCUUGCCGACCUCCCGCGGCAGGAGCGAGGCGGACAGCGCCGGGGCGAGGUCUUCCUUGACCUUUCUAGUUGAUGCCCACCGUUCGUUUCCCUCAGAAGGUUCUCCGUGCAGAGAUGUGCCCGCUGCCACCUUGGGAUCUCAGCCUCUGAAAUGGUCAUGAGAGCCAGGGAGUCGGUUUAUCACUUGAGCUGCUUCACCUGCACCACCUGCAACAAGACUCUGACCACGGGCGAUCACUUUGGCAUGAAGGACAACCUGGUUUACUGCAGGGCCCACUUCGAGUCUCUUUUGCAAGGAGAAUACCCCCCUCAGCUGAGCUACACCGAGUUGGCAGCCAAGAGCGGAGGGCUGGCCCUGCCCUACUUCAACGGCACAGGCACCGUGCAGAAGGGGAGACCCAGGAAACGAAAGAGCCCUGCCCUGGGAGUGGACAUCGUCAACUACAACUCAGGUUGUAAUGAGAAUGAGGCAGAUCACAUGGACAGAGACCAGCAGCCUUAUCCCCCAUCCCAGAAGACAAAGCGCAUGCGCACCUCCUUCAAACACCACCAGCUUCGUACCAUGAAGUCCUACUUUGCUAUCAACCACAACCCAGAUGCCAAGGACCUCAAGCAGCUUGCCCAGAAAACAGGCCUGACCAAGAGAGUUCUGCAGGGAGAACAAAUCAUGGGGCAUUACAGCCAAACAUCCCGACGUUUGAAAAUUCCCUAAAGUAUUAAAAGAAGGGGAAAAGUUUGAUCGGAAAUCCACUGCAGUGAAGACAAAGACAAUAUUAGGUUAUGAUAAUCAUACAUUUAAAAAUCUAUCGAGCCAAAAAAUAAAAAUAAAAGACUUGAUGUCAUUUCCUGAAUGUUAACAAAACAUAUGUUAUUUUAUGGUGUCUAAUUAACAGAACUGGAGGCUUCAACAAAUUGUGUGGUAUUAAAAACAAAUUUAGAGAAACUAUGUAUAAAACCAGAGCAACCUGGCAGCAAUCUACCCAGCCCAUAUUCGAAGAAAACUUUUCUUUAAAAAUAUCACAUUUGUCAAGCACAAGUACUUGUAAAAUAAAAUCUGAGUGCAUUCAUUCCACUUGCUUGCUAAUGUGUACUAGUCAUACCUGUUAAAUGGAUUUUUGUAAAUUCAAAGAGAACUUUUCACUCAUUCCAAAUCAUAGGAAUCAAAACCCAGUAACUUUAGUACUAUUGUUUCUGAAUCCUUUUUUUUUUUUUAAAUUGAGACAAAUCUGCAUGCACUUUUCCAUCUGUCACAUAUAGUGUACAUUUCUGUAUGAUGAAUUUCUCUUUGAUGUUUCUUGUAUAAUAGCUUUCAUUAAUAAACAUUUUAUUUGAUGCAAACAUAGUUAACUUCAUGUAAACACUUAGCUAAUUGUUCCAGCUAAUUUAAACUUUUCUUUUGAAAAAAAGCAGUACAGCGCAGUUCCAACAUGCUAUAUAUAUAAAAUCAAAAAGAAUGAGGUAGCAAUACUGUUACACAGCGAAAAGUAUUUCCUUUGGUGUUUACCUUUUAUUUUUUUAACCUGCUGUAUAAAACUGACACUUUUUUUUUUUUUUAAAUCCCAUCGGCAUCAGCAGUAAAACAACCCCGAAUUCUUCUUCAAUAUAUGAAAACAUAAGCAGUACGUAAAACUCUCAAUGGCUUUUAGAAUACAUGGAUAUAAUUUGUGGAUCCCUGAGCUGUUUACAAGGUCACUAUGCAAUGAGCAAGUACAUUACAAAUAGUUGCUCCUGAGAUUCCCAGUCUAAAACGCAGAUGAUUUUUACGAGCCGACAAGCAAGUGUGACAAUAACCAAUUAUUAGUAAUGAGGUUUUGUAAGCGUUAAGCAACUAUUUGCAGAAAGAUUUUUUAAAAAUAUAUUCCUAUUUAGCUGUAUAGCCAAAGCAUAUGUUAAACAAAUUAACAUAUAAAAACUUGCCAGAAAAUCUUUCAUUAAGAUGACAUUUUUAUUAUAUACUAAUGAACCCUAUGUAAACAAUGUAACUUUUAUGAAUGAUGGACAUUAAAUAUUUCACUUACGUGUAU